AUGUUCAAUCCACUACCGUAUGAAGAUCCAAACUUCCGAAUGCCAUUUCAGUGCAUUUGGUUAAAAUUAAAUGGCUCUUGGCCUCUUGAAACUGUUUCAUCAACACAUAAGCCUCGAAAUUAUCUCUUUGCAUUGAUUUACAAUAUAUGGGCGUGGUAUGUGAUUGUAUCGGUUGGCAUUACCAUUUGCUUUCAAACAUCUUUUUUGUUAAACAAUUUUGGAGAUAUAAUAAUGAUAACGGAAAAUUGCUGCUCUACUUUGAUGGGUGCCCUUAACUUUGUUCGAUUAAUUCACUUACGUCUUAAUCAACGAAGCUUCUGUGAAUUAAUUAAACAAUUUGUAGUCGAUAUAUGGAUACCAGAUAGCAAAAACGCCAGCAUCACCAAAAAAUGUCGUAAGCGGAUGGUUACUUUUCAAGUUAUGACGAUAUUAUUGUCUUGCCUUAUACUAAUGUACUGCGUACUACCACUAGUGGAACUAUUUUACAUUGUGGGGACUGAUGUACCAGUAAAGCCAUUUCCUUAUAAGAUGGUUUUUCCGUACGAUCCAUACAAUAGUUGGAUACGUUAUACACUAACAUAUAUAUUUACUGCGUAUGCUGGUAUUUGUGUGGUGACCACACUGUUUGCUGAGGAUUCAGUUUUUGGAUUUUUUACAACAUACACAUGUGGACAAUAUCGUUUAUUGCAUAAACGCAUCGACGUUUUAGUGGAUAAGUGCAAAAAAAAUAUGUCUUUCGGAACUAACACUGAAGAACUUAACCUAAAAAUAAUACGCGAACUUCAAAGCAUUUCACAACACCACAACAAAAUAAUCAGGUUUGCUAAGCGAUUGGAAGACUUUUUUAAUCCCAUACUUUUAGUGAAUCUUAUGAUAUCGUCUAUCCUAAUCUGUAUGGUUGGAUUUCAACUAAUUACUAGCGAAUAUUUGUUCAUUGGUGACUACAUUAAGUUUAUUGUGUAUAUAUCGUCGGCAAUAUCACAGUUGUAUAUCCUUUGCGAUAAUGGAGAUACAUUAAUCCAACAUUCUACAAUUACAGCAUGGCAUUUAUACAAUUGCAAAUGGGAGGAAAUUUCAUACAACAAAGAAUUUCUAAUUAAUUUGAAAUAUAUGAUACUUUGUAGUCAGCGACCUGUGAGGAUAACAGCUUUUAAAUUUUCAACAUUAUCUCUUCAAAGCUUUACUGCGAUACUAAGUACAUCAAUGAGCUACUUUACGUUACUGCGUUCAAUUUAUUUUGAUAAAUAG